GGGAGCGGGGGAGGACAAUUUGGAAUAAGAUUUCCCAAAGAAAUCGUAGAUUAACUGACCCUCUUCUUGGUAAUCUAGGAAAAGCUAAUAAAAACUGCACAGAGAUGAUAAUCACUUUUAUUGUUUCGGAUUGGCUAAUAAGACAGAAGAUCGAUAGUAUCAGGAGGGGAGAAUGCAGGGAGCGGGCUGCAGUGUUAAAUGGGAGGGGUAUUUGAGGACGCGAGCUCAUUGAUGACGCUACCCUCACGUGACCAGGAGUCGACGUGUGCAGAAGUCCUUAGAGUCCAGGGCCUGUUUCCCUGAAGCAGCUCCCUAUUGCCGGAGGAAAAAAGUGCCUCGGAUCCUUUCAGGACUCCUGGUUCUUUGGGAGCGACACAAAUCGAGUAAGGGAAGAGGGAGGAAAAUCCUCUGGAUCCUUUCAGGAUUGAUUCAUUUUGAAAGGAAAUAAGAACAACACUCAGAAUGCAAACGUCUUGUGAAGAAAAUGAAGGAAAAUCACAGAACAUGCAAAAGGCUGAAGAAGACCAUCCUUCCGUUGAUGUACCACAGGUGGUGGAAGGAAAUCCUCAACCUUCCCAAGAAGGUGUAAGCCAGGAAGCAGAAGGAAGCCUUAGAGGAGGGCUGACCCAACCAGACCAGGAAUUUAAAGAUAACACCCCAGUUAGGCAUUUGGACCCUGAAGAAAUAAUAAGAGGAGUAGAUGAGCUGGAAAGGCUUAGGGAAGAGAUAAGAAGAGUGAGAAACAAGUUUGUGAUGAUGCAUUGGAAGCAAAGACAUUCACGCAACCGUCCUUAUCCUGUGUGCUUUAGGCCUUAAAUCGUUUUUUGUAUGAUACUCAAGUUUGACCCCUGAUUUCUUUCUGUUAGCAUUUUCUGCUGUACUUUUGACCUAUCUUUUACUUUUAAUCAUCUUGUAGAAUUUUGUUUAAGGCAGUUUUCUUAUCACCAACAUCUCAUUGAAGUUUGUAUUUUAAACCAUUGUUUGUGUCUAGUUUUCAGUUAGGAAGUUUCACACAGAUGCAUGAAAAUAUGUCCAUUUCAUGUCAUAAAAUAGAAUAGCAGGUUAUAAAGCAGCAUAUUUAGCCUCAGCUUGCAUCUAGUAUAAAAUUCCUAAUCGUGUCUGUAUGUGUGCACAUGUGUGGAUGUGUAUACAUGCAUAUGUAUAUAAAAAAAGCUUAACUUUU